CGAGCCGGGAGGAGAGGCACUCGCGGCGGCGAGCGGAUUCCGUGGCGCGCCGUGCCGCGCCACUUCGUUUCCGACCCGUGCCACGUACGCGUCGCCGCCCGCGGAUCCGCCAAGGUGCGCCACCCGAUCGCCUGCCGAUCUCUCGUCGUCGCCGUCGCAUCUCGCAGUCGCUCGUACAUCACCAGUAAAAAGGGUAACAACAUGGUGGACGCAGCGGUACUGGACAAGCUGGAGUCCGGCUUUGCGAAGCUGGCCGAAUCCGACAGUAAAUCGCUGCUGAAAAAAUACCUGACCAAGGAGGUCUUCGAUCAACUCAAGACCAGAAAGACCUCGUUCGGGUCUACUCUCCUGGACGUCAUUCAAUCCGGUCUGGAGAACCAUGAUUCCGGCGUUGGUAUCUACGCGCCCGACGCCGAGGCGUACACCGUCUUCGCCGAGCUUUUCGAUCCCAUCAUCGACGACUACCACGGCGGCUUCAAGAAGACCGAUAAGCACCCGCCCAAGGACUUCGGUGACGUCGACUACUUUGCCAAUCUCGACCCCACCGGUGAAUACAUCGUGUCGACUCGCGUGCGAUGCGGCCGCUCCUUGGACGGAUAUCCGUUCAACCCGUGUCUGACGGAGGCGCAAUACAAAGAGAUGGAAGAGAAGGUGUCCAGCACGUUGUCGGGCCUCGCCGGUGAACUGAAGGGUACUUUCUACCCGCUCACCGGCAUGAGCAAGGAAGUGCAGCAGAAGCUGAUCGACGAUCACUUCCUCUUCAAGGAGGGCGACCGUUUCCUUCAGGCAGCGAACGCCUGCCGUUUUUGGCCCACCGGACGUGGCAUCUUCCACAACGACGACAAGACCUUCCUGGUCUGGUGUAACGAGGAGGAUCAUCUUCGUAUCAUCUCUAUGCAGAUGGGUGGCGAUCUCGGACAGGUAUAUCGGCGCUUGGUGACGGCGGUGAACGAGAUCGAGAAGCGGCUGCCGUUCUCGCACAACGAUCGCUUCGGCUUCCUGACGUUCUGCCCGACGAAUCUGGGUACGACGGUGCGUGCCUCGGUGCAUAUCAAAGUGCCGAAACUCGCGGCGAACAUGGCCAAGCUCGAGGAGGUCGCGGCCAAGUACAAUCUACAGGUGCGUGGCACCCGCGGCGAGCACACCGAGGCCGAGGGCGGCAUCUACGAUAUCUCCAACAAGCGCCGUCUCGGUCUGACCGAAUACCAGGCUGUGAAGGAGAUGAACGACGGCAUUGCUGAGCUCAUCAAACUCGAAGCAAGCAUGUAAAGCAGCCCCCUCUCCCCCGCCCCCCCUGACACACCUCGUAUUCGUUUACUCUCCAUCGUAGCCUCGUCGGACGCCACUGUAUUACGUGACGUCACGCUGGAAGCUGUGUCCAUCGGCGUGAGGAUUUUAUUCUGAGAAUAAAUCGCAAGAGCAUGAUUUUGGAGAAUCGUUCAACGAUGAUCCAACGCCGGCGGCAUGGAGCUUUUCAGCCACUUUCGCGUUACCCAUCUUUAUAUAUAUAUAUAUACAAAAUAUAUAUAUAAAUAUAAAUAUCGUAAUUUGCGCUGUCUAGUAUGAUGUAAGCUGUUCUCGUACUCGCGCCUCUUUUUGUAGCUUUCCUUUUUUUUUCCUUAAUCAGAAAUUUCGGCAAUAUACACAAGAAUAACUGUGAUUAUGAUAAAUCGUAUGACUUGUCAACUUUUAUUAAUAUCUAUUAAUCUUUUUAUGUCGCGUCACGACAUCUAUUACUCUUUUGUUAUCAAUCGGAAACAUGAACUUAACGAGGUGAGACGAAACAGUACGCAGUAAAAAGAAGACUUUACGGAGAACAGCUCGCAUCGCACUCCGCACGCUGUAUUCGACAGUAUUUUAGUUUCGUUCACUUGUUCCUUUUUUUUUUUCGUUUUUAGUAUGUAAUUUCGAAUGAUCGGGAAAUGGUCUCGAGGCAACGCACUCGCGAUUAUCUCGUUUCUAAUAUUUUUUUCCUUUUGUCGCAAGCGCAUUCGUUAUUGAUACAUAGUCACGCGCGUUGACACACUUAGUAGUGCUCUAGUACUAGUCCCCUGCAAUUCGUCGCGAUUGUCGUUAUUAAACAAGAUAAUGAAGGAAAAGAGUGGGAAGACGUCGCUGUUUUAAGAGAUAUUUGUUCGACGACUACGACGACGACGGUGGUUUUUAAAUUGUCCGUGUUCUUGAGAUCGUCACGAAGCAUCAAAGGUCGCGGGGCCUGUUCUCAGUGCGCCGCGGUCCUCUAGUCUGCGGAUGGCGGAGAGCGACAUUCAUGUUUUUUCAUUCUCUUUUUUACCACGUGAGAGGCCGGGAAGGAACAUCUGCGCGACGGGAUAUUAACACGCACUACAAAACACACGCGAGCAAGCGUUGCGGCAUAUUAUAGAGACAGUGUACUACCAGCAGAUUCGACAAGAUGUACGGUGAGAAUACAAGUAAUGAAACACGAAAAUAAAAAGACAUACACAU